AUGUACACUUCAUAUGUGCUUGCCUCUGCGGCAGCGCUGUUGGGUCAUGCUACUGCACAGUCUUCGACAUCCACUAGCUCAUCGACAGCUACGGCUGUGACUUCUGGAGAAAUUACGAUACACACGGUCACGGUCGGGAAGAUCGAGAAUGAGUUCGAUCCACCAUCCAUCAACGCGGUACCAGGCGAUAUCGUGUCCUUCGAAUUCUUCCCAGGCAACCAUUCUGUUGCGCGGGCUGAGUAUGGCUUCCCAUGCGUACCAUACGAAGACAUCACUGGAAAGUCUGGCUUCCACUCUGGUUUCGAGCCCGUCAAUGCCAGCUUCUCAUCCAAUAUAAUAUUCAAUCUCACUAUCAACGACACGGCACCGGUUUGGUACUACUGUGGCGCUCCAGGCUCUUGUAUAGGAUGGGGCAUGCUCGGCGUCAUCAACCCUGGCACCUCCCAACUCCUCAAUAAUCAGAUCGAAUUGGCCAAGGAGGCAAACUUCAUGAUAGAACCUGGUGAGGCGUUGCCCACUAGCGCUUUCCAGUCUUUGUCAUCUCUUGCGGCGACUGCCACUCAAGUCACAUUGACGGUGACAGCCACCAAUUCUUGGGAGCCGACGGCAUCCGCAACCUCGGCGACCACCUCACCGGCAGCUGCUGCCACAACGAGUCCUGCAGCCGCGAAAUCAUCCAGCGCACUAUCUCCCGGUGCUAUUGCAGGCAUAGUAAUCGGCGCUGCAGCUGUGGCGCUCAUCGCCGGUGGUCUCUUCUUCAUGCUGGGGCGCAAUAAGAGCAUGAAGGAGGAGCUUGGCCGUCUACGCCGGGAUGGUACGGAGGCACCUCCUGGGACUAACCGACACCAGUCAUAUAUGACCGAAGCAUCCAACGGUCAUGGUGUUCCUUACAUGACCGAUCCUGCACAAGGCCAGUACGGCAACCAACUUCCGCCGUAUCAAUACACGCCUUGGCAUGAGCACAAGCCUGCAGGUAGCUUGGGUAUGCAGGAACAAUGGCAGCAGGAUCCACGACUCAGCUCCGUGGCGACAGAUCGGGACAGGUACUCGCGGGCGUCCGAGCCGUUCACAGCACCUCGAUCCCCAGCGCUGUCGCAGCAACACGCAGUACCAGCCAUACCAGCACAAGAAAUGUUCGUGCCAGACGAGUCAGAGUUGCUAGAUCGUCACCAGACUCCUAGACUGUGA